AAACAAAGUGAAAGAUAUUACAAAACAACACCCCCCUCCCCCACCACCACCAGUCCACCACCACCUUUGGAGACCAAAAAAUACUUGAGAGUUCCUAAAUACACCACCUUCCCAGUUCCCACCUCUCAAAACCUUAAAACCUCAUUGAUCACUCCCACCUUCUUCACAUCUCUUCACCAUGAUCACUCUUUCAGAUUUCUACCAUGUCAUGACCGCGGUUGUCCCGCUCUAUGUCGCCAUGAUCCUAGCCUACGGCUCGGUCAAAUGGUGGAAGAUCUUUACCCCUGAUCAAUGCUCUGGGAUCAACCGCUUUGUCGCCCUUUUCGCGGUCCCCCUCCUCUCAUUUCACUUCAUUUCCACCAACAAUCCUUACAAGAUGAACCUCCGAUUCAUCGCAGCCGAUACGCUCCAGAAACUGGUCAUUCUGGCUGCCCUGGCUGUCUGGAGCAACCUUAGCAAAAGGGGUAGUUUAGAAUGGUCCAUAACACUGUUUUCACUAUCCACAUUGCCAAACACAUUGGUUAUGGGGAUUCCUUUGCUUAAAGGAAUGUAUGGUGGUGAAUCUGGUAGUUUAAUGGUCCAGAUUGUUGUCCUUCAAUGCAUUAUUUGGUAUACUUUAAUGUUGUUUUUGUUUGAGUUUCGCGGUGCCAGAAUGUUGAUUUCCGAGCAGUUUCCGGGGACAGCAGGUUCGAUAGCUGCGAUUCAUGUCGAUUCUGACGUUAUGUCAUUGGAUGGGCGACAGGUGUUGGAGACGGAAGCGGAGAUUAAAGAGGAUGGAAAACUUCAUGUUACUGUUCGGAAAUCGAAUGCGUCGAGAUCCGACGUGUUUUCCAGGAGGUCGCAUGGGUUUUCCAACACGACCCCUCGUCCGUCGAAUCUCACGAAUGCAGAGAUUUAUUCUCUGCAGUCGUCUAGAAACCCGACCCCUAGAGGGUCGAGUUUCAACCAUAAUGAUUUUUAUUCUAUGGCAGGGGGAAGAAAUUCAAACUUUGGGGCUUCAGAUGUGUAUGGGCCUCCUGUAUCCAGAGGGCCCACACCCCGACCUUCCAACUACGAAGAGGAAGGCGGUGGAAGUAACGCUAAUAAGGCUCGUUUUCAUCACGGGGUGUUGGGUGGUAAUAACUACCCACCACCAAAUCCAGGGAUGUUUUCUCCGUCAACAGGAAAACCAAAUAUACCAUUGGCCAAAAAGGCUAAUGGGCAAAAAACAGACGAAGGUUCAAAUGAUCUACACAUGUUCGUUUGGAGCUCGAGUGCUUCCCCGGUUUCCGAUGUAUUCGCGGCUCGUGAAUAUGCACUCGACCAACCAACUACAAAAGAUUUGAAAGUGCCCAUAUCACCAGUAAAAGGUAACGGAGAAGAGUACUUGGAGAGUUAUGGAAACAACAACAUAAAUAUCGAAGGGACGGGUAAAGCUGGCCUUGUUAGCGUCACGUCAAUGCCGCCAACGAGCGUGAUGACGAGGUUAAUACUGAUCAUGGUGUGGAGGAAAUUGAUCAGAAACCCGAAUACUUAUUCGAGCGUCAUCGGUCUUGCCUGGUCUCUAGUAUGUUUCAGAUGGAAUGUAGAGAUGCCUGCAAUCAUAGCCAAAUCCAUUUCAAUAUUAUCCGAUACUGGGCUGGGAAUGGCAAUGUUCAGUCUUGGUUUCUUUAUGGCUUUACAACCAAAGAUGAUAGCAUGUGGGAAUUCUGUGGCUGCGUUUUCAAUGGCCGUUAGAUUCCUUACGGGACCAGCUGUCAUGGCAGCUGUUUCUAUUCCCGUUGGCUUACGUGGCGUCCUUUUACGCAUCGCCAUUGUCCAGGCUGCUUUACCACAGGGUAUUGUCCCCUUUGUGUUUGCCAAGGAGUACAAUGUUCACCCUCAUAUUCUUAGCACAGGGGUUAUAUUUGGAAUGCUAAUAGCAUUACCCAUCACGCUUAUAUACUAUAUCUUCCUUGGGCUAGAGAAAUAAGUAAUGUUGUUGACAUCAUCAUAAAUUUGAUGAAAAAUACUCAUGCUCCAAAGCAAUUUCUUAUGUAGUUUAUGGUUGCUAGAAAUAGGAAAGGAUGGUGGUUGUUUUAUGAGAUUUGUUCCACAUUGUUUAGUCGAGUUAAUGUUACACGACAAAAUGUUAAACUUGCCACGGUUAUGUAUUUAUUUGCAUUGCAUCAUUUACAUGUCAAUUGCAAUCCACAGUUAGAUGUUAAA